UAUCGUAGAACUGGAGGUGCAUCCGGGUAACCAGGAGCUCAUGUCUCGCCCCGCCCAUACCGGAAGUAGAAAUAACAACGUAUGGAGCUGCUUGACGGGGAAGCGUCAAGAAAGUGAACUUUGUCCCGCUUGUAAGGUACUUUACUUAGAAAUAAAUAGCCACGAAGAGAAACGACGCGCGUGGGAACAUUUCUAGUGUAUCUAAUAUUCAAUGCACGGAGCGAAUUGUCCGGAGUCUGAACGCUAAUUGUGUUAUUCCUCUUGCAAUAUAAACGAAUAAACUGAGUUAAAAAAUCUGCAGUGAAUUGACACAAAAAGAGCGACCCGCAGCGUUCUUCCCAACGUGCUUUUAUUUCAGACAAUCAUGUCGCGACAGCUUCAGGCGCGCAGAACCGUCAGUGUCUGUAAAAACGUUUGGGUUGAAUUCACGCAACUGGCGGCAGACUACAAAGCAGUGAAUCUUGGACAGGGAUUUCCUGACUUCUCCCCCCCGAAAUUUGUCCAGGACGCUUUUUGCAAAGCUGUGAGCGGCGGACACCAAAUGCACCAGUAUACCCGAGCUUUUGGUCAUCCUCCUCUCGUGAACAUUCUGGCUAAGUUCUUCGGCAGGAUAGUGGGACAUGAGACCGAUCCUCUGGAGGACGUGCUGGUCACAGUGGGGGCUUAUCAGGCUCUCUUCUGCACGUUUCAAGCUCUGAUUGAUGAAGGGGACGAGGUCAUAAUCGUUGAACCGUUCUUUGACUGCUAUCAGCCGAUGGUGAAGAUGGCCGGGGGAACGCCAGUUUACAUUCCGCUCAGGCCGAAAGCUGAGGGAAGGGCCGUCCUGUCGAGUGCAGACUGGGUUCUCUCUGCUGAGGAGCUGGCCUCUAAAUUCACUCCACGCACAAAAGCCAUCGUUAUCAACACUCCCAACAACCCACUGGGCAAAGUCUACAAGGCCGAGGAGCUCCAAAUGAUCGCGGAUCUGUGCAUCAAACACGACGUGCUGUGCAUCAGCGACGAGGUGUACGAGUGGCUGACUUACGACGGGAACCAGCACGUGAAGAUGGCCGGCCUUCCCGGGAUGUGGGAGCGAACCAUCACCAUCGGCAGCGCCGGAAAGACCUUCAGCGCCACCGGCUGGAAGGUUGGCUGGGUCAUCGGCUCUGGGAAUAUCAUUCAAUACCUGAAAGUGGUCCAUCAGAACUGUGUUUACCACUGUCCCACAGCCGCGCAGGAGGCCGUGGCUCGUGGAUUCGAGAGAGAAUACGAGCUGUUCGGGUCUCCAGAGAGCUACUUCCAGCAGCUGCCCGCCAUGUUGCACCACAAGAGGGAGAAGCUGGCCUCGUGUCUGGAGAGCGUGGGUCUGAAGCCCGUCAUGCCAGAGGGAGGCUACUUCAUGAUCACGGACAUCUCGUCUGUCAAGGUGGACUUGGAUGACCAGAGCACUGCGGACGAACCCGCUGACUUCAGAUUUGUGAAGUGGCUAACUAAGGAGAAGGGUUUAGCAACAAUCCCCGUCUCUGCGUUCUACAGCCCGGAGCACAGCAAGGACUUUGACAAAUACAUUCGGUUCUGUUUCAUCAAGGAGGACUCCACCCUGAAUGCAGCAGAGGACAUCUUAAGAAAGUGGAGGCAGACGGAGUAAAAUCGCCCCCACGCAAGGCCGUCCAUCCAGGUGUCCCCUGGCUUUUGAACCCGUCUUAGGUUUCCACCUCAGUGGAAAUGAGCCAUAUUUAGUGUUUCUCUGAGUCUUGAUGGCUCAGUUUAGUACGUAAAGACGAUGCUGUCCAAGUAGUAAACCACUUUGCGGAAUAACUGUGAAUCUUUCUGUGCAAUAAUAUCAAGUACAAAAAUGUAAUCAUGUUUUUAAUGAAUUCUCACUGUUUUUAGAGUUGAUCUUGUCCAUCGAUUCAUGACGUGUCACGUGUAUAUCGCAAUAUUUGGUGGUCCAUACAAACGGUAAAAACCAUAAACAUAGACCCAAUAGAAUUCAGAACUGCGAAACUUUAGUAAGAGUUAUUGUAGAAGAGUUUGACUCUAUGUCUACUUUGAUUACAAUACAAUAUGUUCUUGAGUUCGGAGUAUUUGACUGAGAUUAAAUCAUUUUCUGUUUGAAAUGUACCGAUGUUUUCUAUAGCUACAUGGUAACUAAAUAAAUCAAAACAUGUGUUUA